GUCGGUCAGAACUCAGAAGUCAGAAGGAGCAGUCACCGCGCGUCCAUGAGUUGAUGCGAACUAUUUGUAAAAAAUGUUGUCUCCGCGCCGUGAAACGAAACAUCAAUACUAAAAAUACAAUCUGUGUUCAGUGAUUUUUAUUCCAUAAUCCUUUCAGACGAAAUAUCAGCAACCAUGUUUCGAAGUGAAGAAAUGGUAUUAUGCCAACUCUUUGUGCAGCCGGAAGCAGCAUAUGUGUCAAUGUAUGAGCUCGGAGAGGCGGGAAUAGCGCAGUUUAGAGAUUUGAAUCCACACGUGAAUGAUUUCCAACGGCGAUAUGUGACUGAAGUGCGACGAUGCAGCGAAAUGGAGCGAAAACUGCGUUGGGUGAGCGGAGAACUCCCAGAGCCGCCGCCGCCGCCCAAACCUGCCCCAAGAAUCAUGAGCCCGAGGGAAAUCAACAUUCUAGAGGAGAGAAUUGACUACAUCGAAUCUGAAAUCCAAGAAAUAACACGAAACGCGCAGAAUCUAAAAACGGAUUACCUUUCUCUUAUCGAAUUGAAAAUAUUAAUAGAGAAGACUCAAACGUUUUUCCAAGAUCAUAGUGCCCAUAGGAAAAUAUCUGCUUCAGUGCAAGUGUACAACAAUGAAGGGGUUAUAGGACACUUGGGUUUCAUUGCUGGUGUUGUUGCUACUCCGAGAGUGCCGUCUUUUGAGAGAAUGCUAUGGAGGAUAUCACAUGGUAACAUAUUCUUCAAACAAGCCCAAAUUGACGAACCUUUAAAAGACCCUGUAACGGGUCACGAGCUACAAAAGACAGUAUUUGUCGUGUUCUUCCAUGGCGAGCAAAUAAAAUUGCGUGUAAAAAAAGUAUGCACUGGAUUUCAAGCGACUUUAUACCCUUGUCCAGCUACUUAUAAGGAUCAACAGGACAUGUUAGCAGGAGUGGAGACUAGAAUAAAGGAUUUGGAGAUGGUACUAGAACAAACUGAACAACACAGACGUUUAGUACUCACUAACAUCGCACGAGACAUAAGCACUUGGAUGGUCGCAGUGCGGAAGGAAAAAGCGAUAUAUCACACACUGAAUAUGUUCAGUAUGGACAUAAUAAAGAAGUGCCUUAUAGCGGAGUGCUGGGUGCCGAGACAGGAUCUGCCGUUGCUACAGAAGGCUUUGGAUGAUGGAGUGAAAGCAAGCGGCAGUCCAAUCCCAUCGAUCCUGCAUCACGUACACACAACGGAAAUUCCGCCAACAUUCAACAGGACCAAUAAAUUUACACGGGGCUUCCAGAAUCUCAUUGAUUCCUAUGGAAUCGCCAGCUAUAGAGAAGUGAAUCCGGCACUGUAUACGAUAAUAACAUUCCCGUUUCUGUUCGCCGUAAUGUUCGGUGACAUGGGCCACGGCCUCAUAAUGACCAUAUUCGCUGCUACCAUUAUAAUCCUAGAGAAGAAACUAGCAAAGAACAAAACGGAUAACGAAAUUUGGAACAUUUUCUUUGGAGGUCGUUACAUAAUAUUGUUGAUGGGGAUAUUUUCUAUAUACACCGGCUUGAUAUAUAACGAUUUGUUUUCGAAGUCUUUGAAUAUUUUCGGGAGUAGCUGGAGAAAUGUGUACGAUAAUGAAACGUUGAGGAAACAUAGAAGGUUGGAGUUGGACCCGGCGAUUGCGUACUCGCAAACGCCGUACCCGCUGGGUAUAGAUCCUGCGUGGCAGUUUGCGGCCAACAAUAUAAUAUUUCUGAACUCGUUCAAGAUGAAACUGUCCAUAAUAUUUGGCGUGUUACACAUGGCCUUCGGGGUAACAUUGAGUGUGGUAAACUUCAAUUACUUCAAGAGGCCCUACAUGAUAUACCUGCAAUACAUACCACAGGUGUUGUUCCUGCUUCUGCUGUUUUGGUAUUUGUGUAUCAUGAUGUUCAUGAAGUGGAUAAUGUAUUCGACAGUAUCAGAUGAUCCCGCAUACGACUCAGCAUGCGCACCCUCCGUGCUGAUAAUGUUCAUCAACAUGAUGUUGCUCAAGAGCACGGAGGUGCGCUCGUCGUGCCGCGCCGACAUGUACGCGGGCCAGCACGCCGUGCAGCGCACCUUCCUCGCGGUUGCCUUCCUUUGCAUACCCGUCAUGUUGCUGGGGAAACCGCUCUACCAGAUGUAUAAGAAGCGGAACCUGAGUCCAACAGUAGAAGAUGGUGAAUGUGAAAAAGCCACACCAGACGAAGGCAUCGGCGAAAUAAUGAUAACACAAGCGAUACACACGAUCGAGUAUGUGCUUGGCGCCGUCUCGCACACCGCAUCGUACUUGCGGCUAUGGGCUUUGUCUUUGGCGCAUGCUCAACUGUCCGCGGUGCUGUGGCAGCGGCUGCUCCGCAUGGGGCUCGGCGGCGGGUCGCCCGCGAUGGCUAUCGUGCUAUACUUUAUAUUCGCCGUGUGGGCGUUCUUCACGCUUGCCAUACUCGUGCUUAUGGAGGGGCUCUCGGCGUUCUUACAUACUUUGAGAUUGCACUGGGUGGAAUUCAUGAGUAAAUUCUACGAGGGUCAAGGAUACGCCUUUCUCCCAUUCUCGUUCGCGGUUAUCCUUGAACACGACGAAGAAGACAUUAAAGAGAAACCUAACGGUUCGCCCCAAUGACACGAAAUAUACCACACUGACCACACUUCCCGGGAUACUUUAGACCCGGAUAUAGAACAUCGUAAUUGGUCCAGCCACUUCGCACCAACUUACAUUUAACCACACAAAAACCUGAAAUACAAUUGAAUUCGUGCCUAUUUUUUGUAACUCGAUAUAUUUAUGCUUGGAGUCAUUUUUAUAAUUGACAUAGUUGUUAGAAUGUAUAGGAAUAAAUAAUUAUUUAUCGUUUGAAAAGUCGAAUUUUUAAUUGCUUUUUAUUGGCUCAGUUUUAUUGUAUUAUUUAAGGUGAAGUAAGUAGUGUAUUUCAGGUUCGAUAUGGAUAAAAUGUGUUAUUCUACCUAUAAAUAUCUUAUGUAAUUUUCUAUUAAUAAACUCAUCUAACUUAAAGAUAUAAGUCACUAGCUAGUUGAAAUCAAUCUAGCGUCAAAACUUAUGAUAUUAUAAUUGUUCAAUAUUGUUACACUUCUAUUGAUACGUAUAAAAAAGCACAUGAAAAGAAAGGAUGUUAGUUUGUAAAAAAAUGCAAUAUUUAAUACUUUAUACGUUUAAAUCUUACGUUGUAGAGGUUAUACUAAAAUGUAGAUAGAAAUAGCAAAGACACGCAAUUACAAAUCAGUCUAUGCCUAGUAAGACUUAUUAUUAAUUCAACUGAACCAAAAAUGCACGAGUAAAUUUAGUCGCACUCUUUAACAAAAACGAGCUUAGCGGUAAAAUAUUUUAAAAAUCGUUUGAAUUGAGACAUAGAUUUAAAAAAGUCACAAAUAUAUUGUGUCCAAACAUGAAAUCUAUUGAGUUUUUCUAUCUAACUCUAGGGCAGACACGAAAAUAAAAUAAUUAAGUCCCGUGUCCCCUAGUGGGGUAUGGGGCAGAUGAUGCACAUAUGUUUCAUUGAUCGAUUUUCUUUACGGACAAGUAGGUGAUCAGCCUUCUGUGUCUUGCUAGACCGAGACUUUUUUUUUGUGCGUCCCCACCGGGAAUUGAACCCAGGACCCCUCGUUUCUACGCUCACCAAGGAGACGGUCGGUAUGUAUGUAGACACAUGUAUAAAUGGUAAAAAAAAUAAUAUCACUGCCGUAUUCUAAUGGCUCAGAGAAUCGUUCAACAACAUUAGAAAUAAUUAAUUAUGGUAAUUUUAUGUUGUUAUUAUUAAUUAUUAGAGAGUACCUUUAAGUACCUAUAUAAGGUCAUAAUUUUUGUUCUAAGUAAAAAGGUAUUCUUUGCAACUAUGUGCCUUCAAUUUCACCCAUAUUGUACUGUAAAGUAUUGGCCUUUAUAUAAAUUAGGUAACGUAAAGGUAAAUGAUCUAGAAAACAAAGCGUAUGAUCUAAUAGUAUCCUUAGUUAGAAAGAGUGUUAAUGUAACGAUGUUGAUUGUUAUUUGAUUUGUUCUUUUAUUUUUAAUUAAUGUUUAUGUUAUGUUAAUUUUUUAUUGGAUAAUCAUUUUAAACGUUGUGUACGCGUCAUUUUAUAAUACUUAUUAGAAUGCCUAUAUAUGGCAAUUAAUUAAUUGUCUAUAAUUACAAUGUGUACGUUUCACUUAAAGAUCGUGUCACAAUUUCUGGUCUUGUUCAGUUGUUCUGUUUAUAUUUUAUUUUAACUGUCAGGAAGUUUAGUUUUUACUAAACUUCAAUAAAUGUAAGACAGGCUAUCAACGACUUUGCAAGUUGUGAAACUGGCCCUUUUUUUUUUGUUGCGUAUUCUUAAAACACGAAAUAUUUAUUAGUCUUAUAAUAAUAAGGUUGACAUUAUUGUAAAGGAGUGAAACAGUUUGUUUAAAUUGUCAUAAUAUAAAUAAACUUAUGUACAUAUAAUUAGAAGGUUGUAAUAAUUAAAGAUUGCACUCGACAUUAAAAACAAUCAUAGAAGUGCCUUAUAGCGCUUAGUUAUUUACUAAAUUGCACUUAAGAAUUUAAAAAGUAUCACUAUUUUGUAAAGUAUAAGAAAUUUAUCUGUAAAAGUAGUAAUCAGAACAUUAAAUUACAAAAGUCGUCAGAUACAAUAUUCCCAUUAGGUAUUCGUCCCAUAACUAGCGAAAAAUGUCUACUAGCACAGUUUAAUAGUUUUAACUAGUUCUCGAUCCAGUAGUUUUAUGAUUACUUCGGUUCUAGCCUACUACAUCACUAAGGUUUUAUAAAUAAUUAUUCUAGAAAGCACCAAAGACCGAUACUUAUAAUUAGAACUAACGCUAAGUUGUUAAGUCAAAAUGGAAGUUAUUAAAAAGUAUUGUUAAUACCACAUUAUUCGUUUGUAUUUCAUUUGUAUUUCAGCACUUAACUAUACUUAAAUCCGAUCCCAUAACAAAACUAUUAAAAGGUUUCACAUAUCGCAAAGACAGGUAUUUAUACGAACAAUCUUUAUUCAAACUUAUUGACUUUGCAGAACUCGUUUUACCAUGUAUAAUUUAAAAUAAUAAAACAAAAUACAUCUACACCAUUCCUAAAUAAAUGAAUCUUAUU